AUGGCGACCCCAAGUGGUGAACCCGCCGACGCGUUCGCGAGUUAUGUCGCGUUGCAGACCCAGGCCCUCGAUAUCGUGCGCGAGGCGUGCUCGGGCCGGGAAGAGCUCGUGCAACGUAUUGCCGAUCUCGAACUUGAACUAAACGUGUGAGUAGAAUCAGUGCGGCCUCAGCCCCAUCAGCUACCGCGUCUGAAUCUGUUGCCGGCUGCCUCUGCACAGCUGGAAAGACGCCCAACGCAAAGAGGUUGCGCUUAGAGAGAACGCACUGCGAGCUCUCCAUGCCCUAGAGGUAAGCCUUUCGAUCGUUCCCACGAUUCAAAGAUGACUCGUGCUGACUCGUCUCAUUUCAUCAGGACAGCGAAAGGCUUGCCGUCUGCCUGAUCGACGGGGACGCGUGUCUCUUCAACCGUCAACUAAUCGCCCGAGGCCGAGACGGUGGCCGUGAUGCCGCGCAAGCUCUGCAGAAGCACAUCGCAGAACUCGCAUCCAAGACCUCGACGGGCAAUGGCAAGCCGACUGUGAUCUGUCAAGUUUGGUUCAAUAAGCAAGGCCUGAGCCGCGUAUUCCAAGAAAUGGGCAUCGCCUCGGACGCGACCUUCUCGGCCUUCAUCCAAGGGUUCAACCAAGCCCACCCCCUCUUCCUCAUGACCGACGUCGGAGGACUUAAAGAAGCAUGCGACGCCAAGUUCCGCGAGACGUUGCGAAUGUACGCCCGCAUGAUGGCGUGUAAGUUGCUCGUCCUCGGAUGUUCGAGCGAUGGUGGUUACGCGCACCAAUUGCAGUCGCUCAAGACCGAGGCGCUCGACUGGAAGGUGCACCUUAUCCGUAGUAGCGAAGUGGCGUUCGCGAUUAAACAAUUAGCAAUUCAGGAGGUCGAAUUCGAGGACCUCUUUGAGAGAAAGAAGCUGAUCGUCUCGAUGCCGCAUACAAGUUCGUCGUCGUUGUCAUCGAUGCCAACCGCCGUUGCCGGGCCAAGCGAAUUGAAAUGGUCGGCUUCGACGCUCAGCAGCGUACCCAAGACGCCCAAGAAGGGAACCGCCGCUGCUGCUUCGAACGCCACUCCUUCUGUUUCGACGGGAAGUAAUGCGGGCGUGGCUUUCACCCCCGUGACGGCCACCAAACGGGUGAAGGACAAAGCCCCGAUUAGCGACAAGGAGAACGGCUUCAUCAAGAUCACGGGCAAGUUGAGGGCCAUCGACCCCAAGAAGCCGCUUUCGAGGCAGAACGUGAGGGGCUUCGUUCACGGGCCUGCGCACUUAAAUAUCUUCUAACUUUGCCACCCUUUUAAAUAUCGCAGCCACCUCCUUGCAACAUAUUCUACCUCAUCGGCGAAUGCACGCGAGGCGACUCGUGCCCCUACGCGCACGACUACCGCCUCUCUGCACAGAACAUUGCGACCUUGCGCGUUGACGCCAAGAAGAGCGCAUGCUACACCGUGACCAAAGGACGGCCCUGUACGGAUCCCUUGUGCGUGGCGGGGCAUGCGUGUCCGGCCGGGUUGGCGUGCAAGUUCGGUUCAACGUGCAAAUUCCCGGCUUCGAUGCACCCGAAUGGCAAGUUCAUCAAAAAGGGCACGCGCUCACCCGAGUCGUCGGGGUAUGAUACCGAGUCGGAGUGA